UCUCGCACUGAGGUCCCGCCACGGGUCCCGCUCCGGUUCCCCCCUCACGUUUCCCCUCAAGCUCCCGCCAUGGUUGUCCCUCACGGUUCCCGCUCCGAGCCCCGCCGUGCCCCGGCGGCCGCCGCGGUCCCGCCCCCGCUGUCUCUCUAUGGUGCGGCGCGGCCGCUCUGCCCCGCCCGGAGGCCGCGCUCGCAUCGCCGCGGGGUCCCGGCCCCGGGCCCAGCCGGGCCGGCAGCAGCGAGCGGCGCCGGCAACAACCAACGGCCGAGCCGGGCCGGCAACCCCGGGCCCCAGCGGCCCCGUCCCGCCGGGCCGGCGCAUGGAGAAGCCCGGCAGGAUGGACUGUCCCGCGCUGCCUCCCGGCUGGAAGAAGGAAGAGGUGAUCCGAAAGUCGGGCCUGAGCGCCGGCAAGAGCGAUGUCUACUACUUCAGCCCCAGCGGGAAGAAGUUCCGCAGCAAGCCGCAGCUGGCGCGCUACCUGGGCAACGCGGUGGACCUGAGCUCCUUCGACUUCCGCACGGGCAAGAUGAUGCCCAGCAAGCUGCAGAAGAACAAGCAGAGGCUCAGGAACGACGCCCUCAACCCCAACAAG